UCUUCCUACAGCCUGCUACAAGGGCCGCAUCACUGGGCUAGAGCCUGACUCACUCCGCCACGCGCCUUCCCACAGCCUGGCGCAGAGCCCAGGCCUCCUGACUCCAGCUCAGCGCACGCUCCUUCGCACACGGCCUAGGUUCGCAUCCCGGGGUCCCGACGCCGGUAUCUGGCUGGUUCACCUGCCCCCAGUUUAGCCCGGGAGUGUCUCCCCGCCCCAGGGGGACGUGCCCUGGCUAGGCUGCGGGAGAGCGCCCGCCCUCGCAGGGGGAGCUUGGGAGGAGCCCACCCGAGUUCCGCCUCAGCAGUGAUGGCCGCGUAGAGUCUCCUCAGCGGUCCUGCUCGGACAUGGGCCUGUCCCGAGCCGGCAGCCUAAGGCAGCGAGUCUCCUCGGCGAAAAACAUCAAUAUUAGAGACAUUUAAAAAGCCAUACUAUCCUUGAAGGGAUACAAGUAACCAUACAUUAACAUGCCUGCUGGGACUUCUGUACCUAAGGAACUGUACCUCUGUACUUCACUGAAAGAUCUUAACAAGAAGACAGAAAUAAAAGCAGAGAAGACCAGUACAAAAAAUUAUGUGCAGAGUGCCCUUAAGAUCUUCAAGGCAGCGGAGGAAUGCAGAUUGGACAGAGAUGAAGAAAAGGCCUACAUCCUAUAUAUGAAAUAUGUGACUGUAUAUAAUCUUAUUAAAAAAAGACCUGAUUUCAAGCAACAACAGGAUUACUUUCAUUCUAUACUGGGACCUACAAACAUAAAAAAAGCUAUUGAAGAAGCUGAAAGACUCUCAGAUAGUCUGAAACUGAGAUAUGAGGAAGCUGAAGUUCGGAAAAAGCUUGAAGAAAAAGAGAGACAAGAAGAGCAACAGAAAAAGCAAGAAGUAAAAGAUGAUGGAAAGGCUUUAGCCAAAAACGCUUCAGAAAAUGCAGUAGAUUUCAAAGGAAAAAAACAAAGGAUCAAUGGUGAGAAGAAUGGUUCAGCGGAAAGAAAAGAUCAAUUUGACAGAUUGAGUGCUUCUGUAUCUCAAGGAGCAAUCACUGCUGAGAAACUGUUUCCAAUGAUGAUGGACAAAAACAUCGAAGUGCUCAUAAUGGAUGCUCGAAGCUUGAAAGAUUAUCAGGAAUCUUGUAUUCCAAAUUCCAUCAGUGUUCCAGAAGAGGCAAUCAGUCCUGGAGUCACUGCUAAUUGGAUUGAAGCUAAACUCCCAGAUAGCUCUAAAGAUCCAUGGAAGAAGAGGGGACAUGUUGAUUAUGUUGUACUGCUUGACUGGUUUAGUUCUGCAAGAGACUUGCAGCUAGGAACAACUCUUCAGAGCCUGAAAGAUGCACUUUUUAAGUGGGAAAGUAAAAUUAUACUACGGAGUGAGCCUUUAGUCUUGGAAGGAGGUUAUGAGACCUGGCUUCUUUGCUAUCCCCAACACACAACAAAUGCCAAAGUAACUCCACCCCCGCGUGGCAAGAGUGAAGUAGUCUCUGUCUCUUUGGAUUUUACUUAUCCCUCUUUGGAAGAGCCAGCUCCUCCUCCACCACCUGUUGUCCAUAUAAAGCCCACUCCAGUAGAAGUGACUGAGAAUAAUGAAAUGCAAAAUAAUCAAGAGGGGAGGACAGGAUCACAUAACGCAACAAAUCCAAGUGCACCACUUGCUGCUAUCCCUCAAACUGACAGUUCACCUGUAGUGCACCCAAUAUAUGCUGUGAUAAAUGUCCCACAGAUUGAUCGUACUAAAAAGCCUUCAGCAAAAUUUCUUGAUGAUGUUAAUAGUCCAAAAUCUGAAGUUACAACUGUUGACAAACAUCCUAUUCAGAAUGGAAGAAUGAUUCCAGACCGUUCCACAAAGCCACCAUUUGAUGCAAAGACCAUGCUGACGGAAGAAGAGAAAAGCCGUAUACACGCAGAAACGGCUUCCCUGUUGGAGAAGAGCAAACGGGAAAAAGAAUUGCGGGAAAGACAACAAGAGAAACAAAGAGAGAAGCUCAAAUUGGAGAAGCAGGAACGGGAAGAAAAGGAGCACCGAGAAAAGCUACAGCAAGCAAAAGAAGAGAGAGAGAGGAGACUGCAGGAAGAUCAGGCAAUUAAGGAACAAAAGGAAAAGGAAGAACAAGAGAGAGCACACAAAGAAGUAUUAGAAGCAAAAAGACAAAAUAAAAAUGAACAUGAAAACACUGCUGCAAAAAACCCUGAACUUGAUAAAAUAUCUGCGGAUGAAAGAGAAAAGGGGAUUCGAACACCAGAAAUGCAGAGGCGUGCGUUGGGAGAUACAUCUGUGACAGGGGUGUCAGUCUCAAGCAAGCAUACUGGGGUUAAAGGACAACCAGAAAGUGGAGCUCAAAGAGAGGAUACUGAACAAGAUACUGAAAGACUUAAAUCCCAGCGGGAGCCAUUGAUGAGAGCACGAAGUGAGGAAAUGGGGAGGAUAGUACCAGGAUUGCCUGCAGGCUGGGCAAAGUUUCUGGAUCCAAUCACUGGGACCUUUCGUUAUUACCAUUCACCAACAAAUACUGUUCAGAUGUAUCCCCCGGAAAUGGCUCCUUCAUCCACCCCUCCGUCCACUCCACCAACUCAUAAAGGCAAGCCACAGGUGACUACUGAACGGGACAGAGAACACUCCAAAUUGAAGCGAUCCUACUCUUCACCAGAUAUAACCCAAGCCAUUCAGGAGGAAGAGAAGAAAAAAAUUCCUGUAACUCCUGCAAUCAGUCGUGAAAAUAAACCAGCAUGUUACACUAAAGCUGAAAUCUCAAGGCUCUCUGCACCACAGAUUCGUAAUCUCAACCCUGUGUUUGGGGGAUUGGGACCAGCUCUCACAGGGCUUCGUAAUUUAGGCAACACUUGCUAUAUGAACUCCAUAUUGCAGUGUCUCUGCAAUGCACCACUUCUGGCUGAUUAUUUCAAUAGAAAUUUGUAUCAAGAUGACAUUAACAGGUUAAACCUCUUGGGGCAUAAAGGCGAAGUGGCAGAAGAGUUUGGCAUCAUAAUGAAAGCAUUGUGGACAGGACAAUAUCGAUAUGUCAGUCCAAAAGAUUUUAAAAUUACAAUUGGGAAGAUCAACGACCAAUUUUCAGGAUACAGUCAGCAAGACUCCCAAGAAUUGCUCUUGUUUUUAAUGGAUGGACUGCAUGAAGACCUAAAUAAAGCUGACAAUCGGAAGAGGUAUAAGGAAGAAAAUAAUGAUCAGAUUGAUGAUUUCAAAGCAGCAGAUCUAGCCUGGCACAAACACAAGCAGCUUAAUGAAUCUAUUGUUGUGGCACUUUUUCAAGGCCAGUUCAAAUCCACAGUGCAAUGUCUUACGUGUCACAAAAAGUCCCGAACAUUUGAGGCUUUCAUGUAUUUAUCAUUGCCACUUGCAUCCACUAGUAAAUGUACACUACAGGAAUGCCUUAGAUUAUUCUCCAAAGAGGAGAAACUUACAGAUAACAAUAGAUUUUACUGUAGCCAUUGCAAAACACGAAGGGAUUCUUUGAAAAAAUUAGAGAUUUGGAAAUUGCCACCUGUUCUUCUGGUGCACUUGAAACGAUUCUCGUAUGAUGGAAGGUGGAAGCAAAAGCUACAAACAUCUGUAGAUUUCCCUUUGGAAAGUCUUGACCUGUCACAAUAUGUUAUUGGUCCAAAGAGUAAUUUGAAGAGAUACAACCUAUUUUCCGUAUCGAAUCAUUAUGGAGGGUUGGAUGGAGGGCACUACACAGCUUACUGCAGAAAUGCUACAAAACAGCGCUGGUAUAAGUUUGAUGAUCAUGAAGUAUCUGAUAUUUCAGCAUCCUCUGUGAAGUCCUCAGCUGCAUAUAUUCUCUUUUACACUUCUUUUGAACUGCGAGCAGCAGAUAUAGCCACAUAAAGUGUUUUGAGUGAAGAAAAUUGGUUCUCUUUAUAAAUGCACAAAACAGAGUUCAGGCGGCUCCACCUGGAAGGACAACCAUCUGCUAGGAGUGAAUUAGUGUAGGAGCUAUUUGGUUCAGUUCUACACAUUUCCAUUAUCUGGCAACAGUUCAUAGUUUCUACUCCUGACUUGCAUUGGUCCUUGGAAUCUCAGGCCUCUGUGAUGAGCUUUUAUCAGUGUGUCACUCUGGUUUGUUUAAGAGCAGGUUUGACUCUUGUCCAAAAGUUAGGGAGCCGUAGCAUGUGAACUCAUCCCAGAAGUGAACCCAGGAGCACCGUACUAGGGAGUACCACACUCUUAAAGUGACUUACCUGUUGAUGAGGUGGUAAAAGCUUUAAAAGAGUAAGGGAUAAACUGGUGCCCUGGUCAACAUUGCCUUUCUCAGUAAAAAUGGUGGCAAGGACUUAAGGUUGUUUGAGAGUGAACCAGGGAAACACAAUUUUACAGAUGCUAAAGUACUGUCUACACUGCAUUUGGCAAGCUGAACUCUGCAUUCUGCAGGUGCAUAUGUGAUGAAAAAAAUGUUAAGGCAACGUUAAUGUUAAAUCAAGCACCAAAAACCCAGGCAAUGCAAAAUUAAGGUUGAAAAAUGGCUUAAUUGUGCCUUCGCCCUGGGUACAAUUUCAUAACAUAUAAAAGAUCACCUGCAUAAGAUCAUCACAGAGGGUUCUUUUGCUGAAUCCAGCAUAGGAGACUUUCUUCAGUCAGCAUUAGCAAAGGGUGAUUGCCCUAAGGAGAGGCAGUUAGUGUUUUUCACCAGUCAGGCUAAUUAAGCUUUAAUUGCUUGUUUCUCCUGUUUGAUGCUGUUCUGACAGGGCACAAGCACAGACAUGGCAUGAGUGCUAUCUGUCCUGUCCUAGUGCUGAGACUGCCUCCAAUUACUUAACUUUGCUCCAAGAUGCAACAUUUGAAGAAUAAAUCCUCCUUCUAAGCUCUAAGCAGAAUAACGGAAGUCUUGAGGCAAACAGGGACCCAGAGUAGAGAGAAGAGCUUUGUUUCAGUUGGUCAGAUGCUACCCUAGUCAUGCUUCUGCCUCUCACUUGAUGCAAAUUGGAUGCUGGAUGCUACCCUGUCACAGGCGUUACUGUGCGCUUUAAUUUUAUACAGUGCUGAGAUAUUACACUGACGGUGGGCUGUGUGGACUCCACAUGUUCUGCUGCAACUUAAAUUAUUCCAGCACCAUGAAAUACCCUUCGUUUCAUGCCUUCCUACCCGUGCAGAAGGUUUUUCCACCUCGCAAGGUACAAGCAUUAAUGGAAUAUGAAUUCAAUGAAAAUUACCUCUGAUUAUCUCUAUAGAACAUGAAAUAGUGAGAAUACUUGGGGAUCGUGAUCUGUACACAAAGACAGCAACUAUGCUAGACAGUGAUAUUGUGGGACAAGUUCUUUGCAUUGUGUUUAAAGGCACAUUCUCAAUAACAGAUGCCUUUGUCACAUACUUGCUCCCAUUAUACUAGUCUGCAAGUGUUGGUAUUUCACCUGACAUGACCACAGAGAGACUGAAAUCUUGUAUAUCAUGGCAAUGUCUUACAUAUUUAACUUCUGUGCUAUUAAACCUCUGUGAAUAAGCAUAUUAAUAGCAAAACCCAGUAAUAAUAAUAAAUAAAUAUUCACAUUUUAAAA